AUCUCAGCCUUAGCAGAGCUCUGCGUCUCACUCCAAGCUGAGUAGAGACGCACUAAACUGGAGCUCAACUGAAGUUUACGCACACAGACCACCAGUAAAACUGAUUGGAUAUCCAUGCUAACAACCCUACGUGUUUUCGAGCAACAUUUUUGAGAUCGUUCUUUUGCAGUUUCUAAAAAUUGCGAUUACUUAUAUAAAUCGACUGAACUGACGGACAUGAGAGGAUGGUAGGAUUGUCGCACAGUAAUCACAGUAAUCACUGAAUGAAAAUGGUGUGACGGCGCAUCGCUUCUCCGAUAUUAGGACUGGAAAGUACAUCGCUUUCUCCACAUUUCAUCCUUUUUUCCCCCAAACCCAGAUGAUCGGUUUCUCAUCGCAGCUUCACUUAUAAGCACCUGUUGUGUGUCUUUGCUGAUGAGUUCAUACGCGCCGGGAUUUUUCUCAAGAACCGAAAACCUACAGCCUCGGUGUAACAUGGCCUAGCAGCGAUGUCCCAGCUGUAUUACCGUCGUACUGAUAACUCCUCAUAUCGAGACCGCAUCCCACUGCGGAUCGUGCGGGCUGAGUCAGAACUGUCUCCCCUAGAGAAGGCCUACCUGAAUGCUGUAGAGAAGGGUGACUAUGGCAGUGUAAAGCAAGCCCUGGACGAGGCUGAGAUCUACUUCAGAAUCAACAUCAACUGCAUCGACCCACUUGGCCGCACAGCCCUGCUUAUCGCCAUUGAGAAUGAGAACUUGGAGAUCAUCGAACUUCUGCUCAGUUUUAAUGUAUAUGUGGGUGAUGCUCUGCUCCAUGCCAUACGCAAAGAGGUGGUGGGUGCUGUGGAGCUACUGCUCAACCACAAGAAGCCCAGUGGGGGCAUGCAGGUCCCUCCUAUUCUGCUGGACAAACAGUUUUCUGACUUCACCCCUGACAUAACACCCAUUAUUCUGGCUGCUCACACCAACAACUAUGAGAUCAUCAAGCUUCUGGUGCAGAAGGGCGUCUCGGUGCCCCAGCCUCAUGAGGUGCGCUGCAACUGUGUGGAGUGUGUAUCCGGCUCAGAUGUGGAUAGCUUGCGUCACUCACGCUCCCGUCUUAACAUCUACCGUGCACUGUCCAGCCCAUCGCUGAUCGCUCUGUCCAGUGAGGAUCCGUUCCUCACAGCGUUCCGUCUCAGCUGGGAGCUUCAGGAGCUCAGCAAGGUGGAGAACGAGUUCAAGGCUGAGUAUGAGGAAUUGUCGCACCAGUGCAAACAAUUUGCCAAGGAUCUGCUGGACCAGACACGCAGCUCCCGAGAGCUAGAGCUCAUCCUCAAUUACAGAGAUGAUAUAAAUCUGCUGGAGGAUGAGGGCAACAACAGUGAUCUUGCCAGGCUCAAACUAGCUAUCAAGUACCAUCAGAAGGAGUUUGUAGCACAGCCAAACUGCCAGCAGCUCUUGGCAUCCCGCUGGUAUGAUGAGUUUCCGGGCUGGAGGAGACGCCACUGGGCUGGCAAAUUUGUCACAUGCAUUUUCAUCGGCCUCCUCUUUCCUCUAUUCUCCAUCUUCUAUCUGAUAGCUCCCAAGACUCACUAUGGUCUUUUUAUUCGCAAACCCUUCAUCAAGUUCAUCUGCCACACAGCCUCCUACCUGACCUUCCUCUUCCUCCUUCUUCUGGCAUCCCAGCAUGUGGUCACCACUGAGUCGGAUCGGCAGGGUCCAGCUCCCACCACUGUGGAAUGGAUGAUACUGCCUUGGGUGCUUGGGUUUAUCUGGGCUGAGAUCAAACAGAUGUGGGAUGGAGGCUUUCAAGAUUAUGUCCAUGACUGGUGGAACCUCAUGGAUUUUGUCAUGAAUUCUCUCUAUUUAGCCACUAUCUCUCUAAAGAUUGUAGCUUAUAUAAAGUAUAGUGACUUUAAACCUCGGAAGGAUUGGGAGAUGUCGCAUCCUACCCUGGUGGCAGAGGCGCUAUUCGCCAUAGCCAACAUCUUCAGUUCUCUGCGCUUGAUCUCGCUCUUCACAGCUAACUCCCACCUGGGUCCUCUGCAAAUUUCUCUGGGCCGCAUGCUCCUGGAUAUCCUUAAAUUCCUCUUCAUCUACUGCCUGGUGCUUUUGGCCUUCGCAAAUGGUCUCAACCAACUAUAUUUUUAUUAUGAGACCGAUGCUUCAAACAAGACAGGGAACUGCAAGGGUAUUCGUUGUGUACACCAGAAUAACGCAUUCUCCACGUUAUUUGAAACCCUCCAGUCUUUGUUCUGGUCCAUAUUUGGCCUCAUCAGUCUACAUGUGACUAACGUUGACCCCAAACACCAAUUCACCGAGUUUGUUGGAGCAACCAUGUUUGGAACUUAUAAUAUCAUUUCCUUGGUAGUGCUUCUCAACAUGUUAAUUGCCAUGAUGAACAACUCAUAUCAACAUAUUGCUGAUCAUGCUGAUAUCGAGUGGAAGUUUGCUCGAACUAAGCUGUGGAUGAGCUACUUUGAAGAAGGAGGCACUUUGCCUCCUCCAUUUAACAUAAUCCCCAGCCCUAAGUCUGCAUGGUACCUGAUUAAGUGGAUCAAGAAGCACAUAUGCAAGAGGACAAGAGCAGAGAGAACUGAGACUUUUGGGUCAAUUAGUAGGAGAGCUGCAAAGAAUGUCCACAUCAAUCACCAGUAUCAGGAGGUGCUGCGAAACUUGGUGAAGCGGUAUGUGGCUGCAAUGAUCAGAGAUGCCAAGACAGAGGAAGGCCUAACAGAGGAGAACUUCAAGGAGCUAAAACAGGACAUUUCUAGUUUCCGAUAUGAAGUGUUAGGAAUGAUGAAAGGAAAUAAACCAGGACUACAGAGUUCUAAGGGAAGUACAGGGGCCUCAAACUCGGCCUAUUCUGACCAUUCUAUGAAGUGUUCAACAGCUCCUACUGGAGAACAACUGAAGACCAAGCUAAAACUUUUCAGUGUCACAGCCUCUAUUCUUCAACAAAAUUCAAAAGCAAAUACGAAGAAUACAGAACACUGCCUUGCUAAUGGGUCCAUUCCUACACCAUCAGAAAUUACUUCGUGCAACAGGACAACAAGUGAUUUCUCUGGAUUGUAUCACCAAAUUCGCCAUAGGGGGACAAACGAUCCUGGCAGGAUUUAUUCUGUGUGUGAAGAGGUUGGAGAGUCAGAUGCAGAGGAACUGGUGGAGAAUAACAAGAAUGACAAAACCUCUGAGUCACUGAUAAUGAACAAGUCCAAUGAAAAUGACAAUGAUGAAAGCAGUAAUGAGACAAAGGAAGUGCAGAAAGUGACGGAGGAAGGAAACAGAAUUUCGGACGUACCAUAUAUAUGUGCUGCAGAUGUAAAUGAUGAGAAUACUGAAAAUGAUGAAGAAAUCAGCAGAUUAUAGUAGCAUACAACCACUAUGUGCGGGACAAUCAGACACCAGUUAUGCCAAACUGUAGUAGCUUCCUUAGGAAUCAACUUGUCUGAACUGUUACAGAUUUCUAUUCUUCACUGAGAACAUUAACAGUAAACCCUUAAAAUGUUUUAACCAUGUUCCAUAUACAAGUUGCCUGAAUAACCAAUAUAGCACAUGGACAUGCCCUGCUGAGGAUUUCUGUUAGACUCAGGAAUGACUCUAAUAUUUGGGAAUAUUCUAGGGAUUCUAGGGAAGCUAUGGCUACAAGAGGAUAUGUUGCCAAUUAAUUCUGUCCAUUAAUAUUUCUGUCCAGAAGGUCUAUUGUUUAAUACCUUGCUAUACAUAUCUUAGCAAGCAUUUAUCAUCAAUAUUGUACUAGCUUAAUUGCACUUCACAAUAAAAUAAAAUUGAAAAUGUAGUAAUCGAAACUAUGUCAGAAGCAACUGUCCUGGUGAGGCAUUUCUUAAUAGAGUUGUGGGUCGAGUAAAAUCUGCUUAAUUACCAAUGCCACAGGAAUAAGCCUAUAGGGCAAAAUAAAACAUCUUCAGAAGUUUUCAGGAUGGCUGCCUGAAGCUGACCAAUGCCUGCUCACCACCCUGAAGUUUCCCAUAAGAAAAAGCAAUAGCUAUGUCUCCAUGAAAAGGAAUUGCACUGUUUGAUUUACCAGCUGAUGAUAACUUUGGGCUGUAUUCAGAGUUGAAUUAAGCAUGAUUAUGAAGGGUUAAAUUAUAAUAAUUAUAGCAGUAUAAAAAUAAUUAGAUGAUACCCUAUGAUAUUUUAAAAUUCAUUACAUAGAUACAUAGAUAGACUUAGUCUUAAUCAGAGACAGCACUUCGCGUGAGGACUGAAAGAUAUAUGGCAUGAUGGGAAAAAUAACUACUUAAAAAUCUACAAGAUAUGAGAUUUUGGAAUUUUCUCUAUGUUAUGGAGUCAUACCAGAUUGUGCUGUACUAAUCUUCCAUUGUGCACAUUAAUCUUACACUUGGGGGUGCACACAUGAAUAGGAGUCACACAAAUAGUAAUAACACUUGUGGUGUAAUGUCAUGCUGUAUUGUAUGUGUAGCAUAAUAUGCAGUUUGGAUUUAGCCCAAGUAUUCACAAUAUUUAAAUACAUUUGUUGCAUACAUCAAUGUUAUCGCUGUUAUAGUUACUGAGUACCACAUGAAAUAUUAAAACCUCUCAACAAGAAAUGAUCUUUUUAUUGACCAAGCAACAGUGAUGGAGCAUGGUGUAACUGUGCUUAUUCUGAGUAAUAAUAAACAGCCUGUAAUUUACCGAAAGAAUUAAUCACCCAACAUCAGAUAGCUAGACACAGUUUGGUUGAAGCGAUGUUUGAAGGGUUGCUCUGCUGUAAUUUCACAGCAUGAUGAAGUUUCUAGUCUGUGUUCUCUGUGUAUUUUGCUAUCUAAUUUGUGUACUUUGUUUUCUAGCCUUUCAAAAAAGUUUGUUAUGAACUGUUAGUGUUUGAGUCUUAAAUCACUUACAAAAACUUAAGAAAAAUGGUUUCAGUAUAAUCACAAGGGUUACAAGAGUAAUUCCAAUGACUAUCGUCUACCAUCCACAAGCUUCCCUCUAAAUUAAAGAACAAAAAUCAAUGCUUCACCUGGUUAGAAACAAAAAAAACAAAAAUUCCAUCAGGCCUGAAUCCUUUUUUCUUCUUAGAAUAUUGUAUUGGAUUCUCACCCUCACACUUCCUUUACCUUCUCAUGCAAAUAGUAUAUUGCAAAAUAAUUUAAUUUGUUAGACAAAGUUCUAUUUUUUAUCAACAGGCAGCCAAAUAAUUUGGUUGAAAUCUAUACUGUAAAUCAAAUUAAAUUUACUAAUAUAGAUUGCAAAUACAGUUAAUGUACCCUACUGAAAUUAAAAAAUUUUGGAAUGUAGUAAAAGGUUACUUAAACAUCAUCUGGUAUGUUGUUGGGAAUCAUCUGAUUAAAUGUCUGUAGCUGGUGUGUUUGUAUAAAUGACUAUCCAAAAAAGUGUUACUAACAAUCUGCCAACUUUGGAGGCAGGUGAACUGAUUGAUCUGAUUGGAUUAAAAAAGUCAAGAAUUGAUCUGAUUGGGUUGAAAAACUCAAGAAUUGAUUUGUUUGGGUUGAAAAAGUCAAGCGCUUACCGUGACUGGUGGUAGAUCGUUCUGAGUGUGGAGAUCUUUUCUAUUGGAAAUACUGACUUCAGUUUUGAAAUUAAUUUUCGGACCAACUCUGAAUACGACCCUUUGUCAUUAGCUGAGAGAUUUUUUGUCUUCAUGCAGCCUACUGUAGUAUACUAUUACUAUGCAAAUAUUUAAUUCACCCUAUAGCGGGUUCUCAUAGCAGGACGCUCAUGAUGUUCCUGAGGGAUGGACGAAUAAGAAUAUUGGGAAUUUCUGUAUUCAGUAGAUAUAUCAUGUUAUUGGCUAAGCAGCCACAUUUAUAUGUGGUAUGUAUGUCCUACUUCAGUAUCAUGUAGCCUUUAUAUCACAGUUAUGUUGAGCUUGUCAUAUUACACAUAUCUGUCAUGUAUACUCUGUAUAAUUCUUUGAAAUCAUGCUAUACAUUUCAAACUGAAUAACUGCAUCACAUUUUCAUAAACAAAAGGUACUGAUUGACAUUUUGAAACUGAGCUGUCUGUAAGUCUACCAUGUGAGCAUAAUGAACAGUGCAUACAUGUUUGUUUGAAGGGCCAGUGCUGUGUGCUGAAUAUAAAAAACAAAAAUAAAUAAACUAAUUACAUUGCA